AUGGCCAAACUGGCGUGGGUUUGGCUGCUCUUGAUCUCGAUAUCACAGCCGGCUCAAAGCGAUGAAGAAAAUGCCUCACAAAACUGGCUAAAUCCCAAUGGACAUGAUGAAAACUUCAAAGAUAUCUAUACAAUUGGAGAUCCAGUGACGAUUCGGUGGACAGGUUGGGACUCUGCCUACACGGAUUAUUACAUGGACAGCAAGACGAUCGCCAACCUCUACCUGACUUCUUGGAACUCGAGUGACUACUCGUAUUCCAGGAUUCUUGCAUCCACGGUUAAUAUCUCGAAGUCCGGAUAUUAUGAUUGGAAGGUCUAUGUUGAGGACGAGCCUCUGUCACAGACUUCGGAGUACGAUUUUACUUUCAUAGCUGACGGAGAGAGUUAUUCCACCGAUAUCGAUCAUUUUUAUUCGCCGGGAAUCCUCAUUCAUCCCCAGUCGACUACGUCCUCAUCCACGUCGGGAACAACACCCUCACCCACAUCGACGACUGUUCCAACAACAACCUCGAAAGCUGCAUCAUCUAGUACAGAUGGGCUCUCGACGGGCGGGAAAGCAGGCAUCGGCAUCGGCGUGGGAAUAGGUGGCGUGGCGCUGUUGUCUGCAUUGGGAUUUCUCCUAUUGCGGCGGCGACGUCGACAAUCCUCGCAAGAGGUGACUGGACUGACAGAAGUUUCUGGGCCAAGCUCGGUGUUUGCGCUGAGCGACGGCUUCAGUCAGGAGACUAAGCCGCCGCCACAGGAGCUAUCCACAGGAUAUCAGGUUGUGCCACCGGCUGAGUUGUCAUCGGCGUCUGGGAGAUGA